UGUGGCUCUGAUGGUAUAGAUCGAAGCCUCUGUUUACUUGUAUCAGUAUCGGUGCUCACAUUUUAGUAAGGAAAUGUCGAAAAUGUCUUUGGUGAGUUUGUUCUUAGGUCUGUUUUUAAUCAUCGCAGUGAGCAAUGUUUCAGCCAACACAGAGGGUAGCCAACUUGCUCAGCAGGAGGAUUUCAAACACCAAGUGUCCAUCCAAAUCAUCUCUGGAGAUCGCUCCAAACAUACCUGCAGCGGCAGCAUACUCGAUGAGUUGAACAUCGUCACGGCCGCUCACUGCGUCACCGUGCCGAAAACCAACGAAUUGGACAAUCGCAAAAUCGUCGUCGUAGCCGGUACGGCGGAUCUGCGCGACAAAAGCUCCGGCUUGCGUCGCGACGUCGAGUACAUCAUCGUGCCCAAAUCUUACAGUCUCAGAAAGGGCAACUACGCCGAUAUAGCAAUUUUGAAGUUAAGAAAUCCGUUGCCCCUCGACACUGAUUCAAGAAUAAUGGCAAUCAAAUUACCCUCGGCCAAUCAGAAUUCACUGUCAGAUAUCGUCGUGAGUAGCUUUAGCUUUUUCAACAAUUAUCCCAAUGGCACAAUAGUGUGGCAAACUCCCAGUCCAGUUUUGCGGUGGACAUUUGAAGAAAUCAAUGCUCCCGAUUAUAAGGACUGCCACGUCAAGGAAAUCUGCAGUAAGCCCAAAGACAGCCGUUCUGUGCAGGGGGCAUGCAAUGGUGAUGGUGGUGCUCCACUCGUCGAUGAAAAUACAUACUCCUUGAUUGGCGUGGCGAGACACUUAAAAUACGAACUGUGUGGAAAGGAGGCCAGAUACACAAGAGUUUCAGCUCAUUUAGAUUUCAUCAAUAACGUACGAAGAAUCAAUUUUAAUGAUAUUGCUUAUUUGAAGUUAUAAAAUGAUCUUGAGUUACAACAUUCUGAUGGCUACCUAUCUUAUUAGCCAUCGCUAUAUGCUAUGAAAUUCUUACACAAGGUUGUUUUAAAUUGUUUUAGUUUUUAGUUUUGUAUUUUUAAGCUUGUAAAUAAAUUAAACAAUUUCCGAUGAA